AAUAUGAAUGAGAGAGUGGAUUCCAAUUCUUCACUCAGUUGGCCUCACAUGCAGAGUUUCAAUGGCACAUACAAGUAUCCAUACCCAGACCACAACAUUUCCUAUGUGGACUUCUACCUUCAUCAGCCACUAGUGGCAGCCAUCUUCAUCGUCUCCUACCUCCUCAUCUUCCUCCUGUGUAUGCUUGGCAAUGGAGUGGUUUGCUUCAUUGUUCUGAGGAGCAAGCACAUGCGCACAGUCACAAAUCUCUUCAUCUUGAAUCUGGCUGUCAGUGACUUACUGGUGGGGAUAUUCUGCAUGCCCACCACUCUCCUGGAUAACAUCAUAGCAGGCUGGCCCUUUGGGAGCAUGGUCUGCAAAAUGAGUGGGAUGGUCCAGGGAAUCUCCGUCUCAGCCUCUGUUUUCACUUUGGUUGCAAUUGCAGUUGACAGGUUCCGAUGCAUUGUUUACCCAUUUAAGCAGAAGCUCACCAUAUCAACUGCGGUUGUCAUUCUAGUAGUCAUCUGGGUUCUGGCUAUCGCCAUCAUGUGUCCGUCUGCAGUCAUGUUGCAGGUACAAGAGGAAAAGUAUUUCAGGGUGAUCCUUGGCUAUAGCAAUCAAACCAGCCCGAUAUAUUGGUGCCGGGAGGACUGGCCCAAUCAGGAAAUGAGAAAGAUCUAUACAACGGUGCUGUUUACCAACAUCUACCUGGCCCCCCUUUCACUCAUCGUCAUUAUGUAUGCUAGGAUAGGGAUCGCGCUCUUCAACAAAGCAGCACCUGUAGGGGGAAAACAGAGCCAGGAGCAGCGCCACUCCGUGUCCAAGAAGAAGCAGAAGGUGAUCAAAAUGCUCAUCAUUGUGGCUUCACUUUUCAUCCUGUCCUGGCUCCCCUUGUGGACUUUGAUGAUGCUCUCAGACUAUGCCAAUCUGACGGAGGUCCAGCUGCAGAUCAUCAACAUUUACAUCUACCCCUUCGCUCACUGGCUGGCCUUUUUCAACAGCAGCAUCAACCCGAUCAUCUAUGGCUUCUUCAACGAGAACUUUCGCCGAGGCUUCCAGGCAGCCUUUAAGCUUCAGCUCUGCUCCGGGGAAAUGAUGCGCAGGGAGUUCUACUCCCAGCGGGGCCAAAGCAAUGCCAUAUUACCGGCAACCACCCACCAGCUGCUGGAGGACCAACCUUCUCAAAAUGCCAAAGAUGAGGAGAAACCAAUUCAGAGAGGGAACUGGAUGAACAACCAGCAGGACUUGAUGAUGGAAGACCUAGAAAAGGCAACCAACAACAAUGGAGUAAAAUGA